AUGUCUGACAACAGCGGUCUCUUCACCACCUCCCUCAUUCCUUCUCCCAUCACCUACAAUACCACCAACAACACCCCCAGCGACGACAACGCCCUCGGUCUCCAGGUCUCUACCCUCACCCCAUCUCCCAGUAGCAGUGGCGACAAACCCAAGCCCAAAGCGAGGUCUUCCGCUCAUGCCACCAACACCAACAGGAUCAAGGCGAGCGGCAAGGAGAAGAAGAAGCAUGCCGAGGGCUACAAGCGCAAUAGCAUGUCUUGUGAGUACUGCAGACAGCGGCAGAGGAAGUGCGACAGAGACGACUUCAAAUCCUGCACUCUUUGCGACCAUAAGGGCAUCGAGUGCAAAUACGUCGUCGCCAAGGGCAAGCGAGGGUCCCAGAAGGCUUUCAAGCAGCUCGCCGCUAUGGGGCUCACCCCGGCCUCUGACGGCAUCAUCACCGCUACUCCCUCCAGCUCAUCCCUUGCCUCGUCUUCCGGCACGUCUUCUAUGAGCCCUAUCACCCCCAUCACCCCCAUCACCCCGGCCAGGUCCACCGUCGAGCUCAGCUCCGGUCUCUUCCCUGCUAGUGUCUCUGCUGGCCUUACUUCCGGCUUCGCCACCCCCCACAUCUUCAUGCCCUUCACCCCACCCACCCCUAUCAGGCCUACCAUCUUCCAACGUCCUUCUACCGUUGAGGACUACCAGAUGCUGGGUAUGGGUACAGAGGUGGAUGAGCGCCUCGCAAGGUUGUGUGACAUCCGCCCGUCCCCCGUCGCUCCCGCUUUCGGCGUUCCUCCUUUUUACACUCCCCCUACUCCGCACACUACCCCGGUGAAGCCCUCCUACGAGGUCUCUGCUAGCAUCUCUGCCAGUCCCGCUCCCAGCUUCUCACUCAACAACGUCAUCUCGGCUCCCUCCACCCAGUCUUCCUUGGGCGUCUCUCAGCCCCAAUUGCCUACUCUUGAGCCCCAGGGUCUCUCUGAGAGCGACACUGCGUACAUCGACGAGGUUUCCAAGGGCCUGGGGUCGGGUGGCGUAUUCUUUCCCUCACCCCUCGAUGCUUCUUGCAGCAUGGCGUCUGUCUCUUCUCUCACUCCAGACACCACUCCCGUGGAGGCCACCGUCGAGAUGUCUCCCGUCAUCGAGUCUGCCGGCUCCACUGCUCCCGAGUUCUCCUUCGACGAGUACUUGGUCAUGCCGCAAAGCCCUCCUUGCCUGAGCGCUCCUCUCCCCAGUCUCGAGAACGAUGUCGUUCCGGAGAGCCAGAGCGUCGGCUGGGGUAUGUGUGGUAUGGACAUGGGGAUGGACGAUACCGGCUCCUCGGGGCUCAUCGAGUCUCCCUUCAACACUAUGCCAUUUGGCUUUUCUGUUCCUCUCGUUGAUGCGUCGGUGGACGCUGGCAUGAUGGGCGACUGGUGGAACUACUAA